AUGUUCGGCAUUAACUUUCGAGAGCACAGAUGGGCUGUGAUCUAUUGCGGAGUUUCGACUCUAGGUGCUCUUUGUUAUGGGUAUGAUCAAAUUUAUUACACCGGAGUGCUGGGGAUGAGAGCAUUCAUCAACGACUACGGAACCACAACCGACCCUGACACCGGCCUGAAGGCGUUGACGACAAGUUUUCUCUCUCUCACAGCUUCCAUCAUCUACGUCGGUGAGCUUUUCGGCGCUUUGCUCGCGGCUCCUAUCAACGACCGCUGGGGCCGCAAAGCUGUCUUCUGCUGUGCCUCUUGCUGCAUCAUCGCUGGUGCUAUCGUCCAGGUAGCCGACAAUGGCAGCGAGGGGCUCAUCAUCUUCGGACGCAUCCUGAUCGGUCUUGGAAUUGGCCAGUUCACAGUGACUUGUGUCCUGUACAUUGGCGAAAUUGCUCCAAAGGCCAUUCGUGGUCCGGCAUUGAUGAUGUUUCAAAUGAUGCAAUCUUGUUCUCAGCUAGUCGGAAGCGGAAUCACCCAGGGGACCGAGAGUAUUACUUCCACUGCCGCGUUCCGAAUUCCCAUGGGGCUUUUAACAUUGCUCCCGCUGUUGAUGUUGGCUGGUCUGCCCAUUAUCCCAGAAUCUCCAGCUUGGUACAUGAGUAAGGAUAGGAACGAAGGGGCUGAGGCAGCACUGCGAAAGAUCAACAGGAGCAAAGGGGAAUACGAUCCAUCAGAGGAUCUGAAAAUCCUCCGAGAAGCCGUUGAAACCGAGAGAGAGCAGGAGGCAGAAUCGACGUGGUCUUCGCUCCUCCGCGAUCCCAUCGAACGACGAAAGCUGAUCUUCUCCUGCGGAGCCAUGGUCGCACAACAAAUCAAUGGCAUCCAGUUCUUCUACUCCUACGGCGUGGUGUUCGCUCAGAGCAUUGGGAUCGCACAACCGUUCACCAUUUCGCUCAUCACCAACAUCUUACAAGUCAUCGCGUGUUCCGCUGCUGUGCUGCUUGGGAACAAAGUCCCCAGGAGAAUCAAUCUCAUUGUCACUACCAUCAUGAUGUUCUGCGCUUUUCUUGUUGUUGGUGGCUUGGGUACCCACAAGGUUCUCUCCAACGGAUACAGCGUCACAAUUGUAGUCUUCUCCUAUAUCAUUAUUUGCGCCUUCAACUUCGGUCACGGCCCUUUGGCUUUCGCGGUCGCAAGCGAAAUGUCAACAGGAAGAAACAGGAACAAGAUCAUGUCUUGUGCCAUCGUCACUUUCUUCUUCACUGUCUGGGUCAUCUCCUUUACAUCGCCAUACCUGUACUAUUCAGCAAACCUCGGUCCGAUGCUCGGAUUUAUAUAUGCUGGAACGACAUGUAUCACACUCGUAUAUGUCUGGUUCUGUGUCGGAGAAACAACUGGUCGAUCGAACCUUGAGAUUGAGUUGUUCUUCCAGCAAAGGAUUCCUGUCAGGCAAUGGAAGAACCACCAAUUUGACCAUAGUGGGGAAUCACUUAACACAGACGAAGAAAAGGCUGUUCAUGAGGUUGAAGAGCAGAAGAUCCCAGUCUUUGAAACUCGCUGA